UCGGAAGCUGCUUGUUUGCCUGUUUGGUUUGGAGUUUGUUUCUGGUUUCUGGUUUGGUUCAGCUCCUUUACUCGGAACUCUUCUCCUGCUUCUCCUGAUUCUGCUACUGCUAUCUUUCUCCGAUUCGAAGUCGCCGUCAGAUUCUGAUUCGCCAUUGCCUGAAAUGGGUUCCCCGGCCAGUGUCCGGCUGAAUUCAUAUGUAUGAUCGUACUCAUCACCCAGACUCAUAGUCCUCUUAAUCACCAUGGCUUUGUUUAGAGGUUUUGGCGCUGUCGAGUUCGUUUUGUAGCAUCGCCUUAUCAGCUUCUUAUUACAUUCACCACGGCUUUACUAUUUACUGUGUUCCAUGUCACAAAAGAAGAAAGGAGGUGUUCCUUUUAUCCACUGCUGGUCAGGGAAGAUCUGAAGCAGCGCCAGCUGCACAGGCCCUGUAAUGGACGCAUACUCUUCUGGAGAAGAAGUAGUCGUUAAGACAAGAAAACCAUAUACAAUCACAAAGCAAAGAGAACGAUGGACAGAGGAGGAGCAUGAUAAGUUCCUAGAAGCGCUAAAGCUCUAUGGAAGAGCAUGGCAGCGCAUAGAAGAGCAUAUAGGAACAAAGACUGCUGUGCAAAUCAGGAGCCAUGCACAGAAGUUCUUUUCAAAGUUGGAGAAAGAGGCCCUUGUAAAAGGUGUUCCAAUCGGACAAUCUAUUGACAUAGACAUACCUCCUCCACGCCCCAAAAGAAAACCAAACAAUCCUUAUCCUCGGAAGACUAGUGCUUGUGCCCAGACAUCACAUGGUGGAGGAAAGAAUGGAAAACUUGUGCCGGUUUCAUCUUCACACUGCAAACCAGCACUGGACCUGGAGAAGGAACCACAUCCAGAGGAGGCACCCUGUUCCUUAGUUACAUCAGCAGACAAGAAUUCAAUGUCAGUGCCACUGAGAAGUCCAUGCACCUUAAGGGAGUUCAUACCCUCAGCAAAAGAAUUGAUAAGCCGGGAUGAAACAGAUGAAUCUUUUGUCACCACUGAGCUAAAAGAAAAUCAGAAGUUGGAAAUAGGUGCUGAAGGGAAACGCACAGAACAGAGUAAUGGCACAGGUAAAGCUUCCAAGUUGGAAGAUUCUGAUGCUUCACAUGCAAAAUCGGUUCAGAGUAAGAAAACAGAUUAUCUCAAUUGUGCUUUGACAAUAGAAGGGAUGCAAGGAAAUCAUAACUACCCUAGACAUGUCCAUGUGCACGUUCUUGAUGGGAAAAUUGGAACAGCUGCAUCAAAUGCAAGUGGAAGUCAAAAUAACUCAACACAAUCUUCAAUUCAUCAAUCAUUUCCUGCUUAUCCUCCCCCAUUCCCACAAAUUCACCAGAAUCAAGAUCACUACCAAUCAUUUCUUCAAAUGUCCUCCACAUUUUCAAGCCUUAUUGUCUCCACCCUGCUUCAAAACCCUGCAGCACAUGCUGCAGCAAGUUUUGCUGCUACGUUUUGGCCCUAUGCAAAUGUAGAAGCUUCUGCAGAUUCUCCAGCAUGCUUGCAAGGAGCCUUUCCAUCUAGGCAAAUUGGCUCUCCUCCAAAUAUGGCAGCUAUUGCAGCUGCUACUGUGGCUGCUGCAACUGCAUGGUGGGCAGCCCAUGGACUUCUUCCUUUGUGUGCCCCUUUCCAUUCUGCUUUUCCUUGUCCGCCAUCAGCUGCAGUAGUUCCAUCAACGGACAAUGGUGAAAUACCGGCAGCCAAAACAGAGCAAGGUGGUGAAACUACUGUUCGGACUCCCCUGCAAAAUCAGGAUCCAGAAUAUGCAGAUGCUCUUCAAGCUCAACAUUCAGCUUCUAAGUCACCAGCAAUUUCUUCAUCAGAGCCAGAGGAAAGGGGAGAUGCUAAGAUGAAUGCUUCAUCAAAGACUGAUCAUGAGAAGAGCAAAGCAAAUUCUGAGCACCUUGACCCUAACAAAAUGAAAGGCAGAAAACAGGUUGACCGUUCCUCAUGUGGUUCUAAUACCACCUCUAGCAGCGAGGUUGAGACAGACGCACUAGAGAAGGAUGAGAAAGGGAAAGAGGAAAACAAAGAACCUGAUGCAAACCGAUUAGCUAUUGAUUCCAGAAAUCGUCGUGCUAGAAGUGCCAGCUGCCUUCCUGAUUCUUGGAAGGAGGUCUCUGAAGAGGGAAGGCUGGCCUUUCAGGCUCUCUUCUCAAGGGAGGUGUUGCCACAGAGCUUUUCUCCCCCACAUGACUUGACAAAUCCGGAUCAUCAGAUGGAGAAAAUUGAGGAUAACAAGCAUAAUACGGAUGAUAAACUAGACAACAGCAAGAAACGCAGUUCUGACUGUAGAGGAGCGGAGAAAAAUCUGUCAUUCAUUGAAAAACACAAUGAGGAGGAGAUACUGCUAACCAUAGGGCUUGGACAAGGAAAGCUGAAGGCUAGUCGAACAGGGUUUAAACCUUACAAGAGAUGUUCAAUGGAAGUCAAGGAAAACAGGGUUGGAACUACUGGCAACCAUGGUGAAGAGAAAGGUGCCAAGAAAAUACGCUUGGAAGCGGAGGCUUCAACUUGACACGUGAUAUUGCAUGGAAACACAUGGAGGAAACCUUGGCUUUCCAUGCUAUUUCUAGCUCACCCACGUGUAUAUUCAUGUUGUUUAUUACCAAUUAUGCUGCUCACGAAACUCGUCGUGUAGAUGUGUGUACUAUAUUAAAUUUCUACAUGCACUUGUUUACUAUCCUGAACUGAUGUUACUGCAGCUAAGAACUCCGCUAAAUAACCUUAGAUAAGAUACAUUGAGACUUCACCAUUAAGUAAUUUAUGAGUUAUCAUUCAGCUAA